CUCUCUCUCUUCCUGCAACACCUCGCGACAAAUCCUGCAGACGUCCUCUCCCUCCCCUCCCUAUAUUUAUACACUCUCCAUUGCAAAAAAGCGCAUGCACAGUUUCUCUCUCUAUCACUCUCUCUCUCUCUCUCUCUCUCUAACGUUCUCGCAUGGAGGAGGCGCGCAAGAGGCGAGCCGACAGGGCGGCGGACGACGGCGGCGAGGAGGGGGGCUCCGCCGCGAAGAAGCUUAAGCCGGACGAGGCAAGCGCGGAGCCCCAGGACGACGACUGGAUAUCGGCGUGGCUGGCGCUCGACGACGACGCGGUCUCCGAGCUCCUGGACCUCCUCGACCCAGCCGAGUCCCCGCCCUCGCCGUCGUCGUCGUCGCCGGCUGCGGCGGGGGGCGACGGCUUCAAGUUCAAGGUGAGGUUCAUCGACGACCCCUACGCGUCGCCGCUGGUGUUCCAGUCGUCCUCGUCGUUCGUGACCAUCAACGGCAACGAGGAGAGCUGCGGGUCGUCCUUCUCGGAGUCGGAGUCCACGGUGAUGGCCAGCAUCGACACGCGCGGCAUCGGCGCGCUCCGGGCCGCGGGGGGCGAAGUGGGUCGGGCCCGGUUGGGGCCGCCGGCGGAGGCGGAGGCGGAGGAGGAGGGGGAGGGAGGCGCGUGGGCCACGAAGGGCUCCGGGGAGGCGCGUGGGUGCUGUCUGUUCGGUGCGGACGGUGAUGAUGAUGAUGAUGCUGCUGCUGUUGUUGUUGCAGGGUUUCUGGGUGGUGAGGAGGAGGAGAUGCUUUUGACUGGACUGAAGUAA